AUGGCACGUAACAGAACCGCCAGAGCUUCAGCUCACUGGUUCUCAAUUCUGACGAAAGAAAACGCAUUUAAUCCAGGAUUUACACAGGCAGGAGGUUGGGGGAUUGCACCACAAUAUACAGAUCAAUUUUAUUACGACACCUUCCCCAAAGAUUUUAUAUUCAGUACUGCUACGUCUUCAGCUCAGAUAGAAGGCGCCUGGAACAUUGACGGGAAAGGACUUAGCAUCUGGGAUACAUUCGCUAACGCUGGUAGAUGUAAAGAAAAUGCCACCCCACAAGUAGCUUGUGACAGCUACCACAAAUACCAAGACGAUGUUGCCAUCAUUGACGAUUUGGGGGUCCAAGCAUACCGGUUCUCCAUAGCGUGGGCUCGUGUUAUGAGUGACGGAACCCGGGCCACUAGGAACCAGAAAGGGAUAGACUACUACAAUAAUUUGAUUAAUGAGCUUUUAAGACACAACAUUAAACCGGUGGUUACCAUCUUUCAUUGGGAUUUACCGCAAGCCCUUGAAGAUCAUGGCGGAUGGUUGAAUGAAUCCAUUGCUUACUGGUUUAAAGAGUAUGCUGCUCUCUGCUUUGAAGAGUUUGGUGACAGGGUGCCCAUGUGGUUAACAUUGAAUGAACCGUGGGUUUUUACGGUAUUGGGCUACGGCAGUGGGGUGUUUGCCCCUGGUAUUAUUGACAUGGCAAAAAAUCCAUAUUUGGCAACUCACAAUGCUAUAAAAGCUCAUGCCGAGGCUUAUCAUCAGUACCACGACGUUUAUAAUGGAACAGGUAAGGGGAAUGUAGGUUAA